AUUUGGCCUUUAAAAUUGACAGGUUUCUACCAUAUCAAUUUCUCUAUAUAUAGAUUUUGCAAUAAAGAAGGCUGAAUCUGGCAUUGCUGGAAACCAAAGCAAUUAGCUCCAAUGGAGAGCCAAACAGAGACUCAUAGGAAGCAAAAGAAAUGGCUGAGAUUGUUGCUUUUUCCUUUGCCAUUGCAAGGUCAUGUAAGCCCAAUGCUUCAGCUUGCAAAUCUUUUAUAUUCUAAAGGCUUUUCAAUCACUAUAAUCCACACUUGCUUCAUCAGUUCUCCCAAAUAUCCUUCAAACAAUCCCCACUUCACCUUCCAUUCCAUCCCCAACGGGUUAUCCAAAAGUGAGUGCUCUGAUGCCGAUAAUCUCGUAGCCCUUGUUUCGAUCCUUAAUGCGAAUUGCGCCGAUCCGUUUCGUGAUUGCUUGGUUAAGUUAUUAUCUGAAGUUUCCGAUGAGCCUGUUGCUGGUUUGAUCUCGGAUUCGACUUGGGAAUUCACAGAUUCCAUCGCCAAAAGCCUUCAGUUACCUAGAUUUGUGCUUCGGACUAAUAACAUAUCGUCUUUCCUUGCUCUUGCUGCCUUAGCCCUUCUGCAAGAAAAGGGUUAUCUCCCAAUACAAGAAUCACAAGAGGAGAAACCAGUUAUUGAGCUUCCACCUCUUAAAGUCAAAGAUAUCCCAGUCUUCAAAACACAAGAUCAAGAGGGUCUUCAUCAAACAAUUGCAGCUUUAGUGGAACAAACCAAGUCUUAUACAGGCCUGAUUUGGAACUCAUUUGAAGAGCUUGAACACGGGUCGCUGACCGAUUUCCGGCACAAUUUUCCGGUCCCGAUCUUCCCAAUAGGUCCACUGCACAAGUAUUUUCCAGUCCCUUCAACUAGCUUACUAUCUCAAGAUCAAAGCGCCAUCUCAUGGCUAAACAAACAAGCACCCAAAUCUGUCAUCUAUGUAAGCUUUGGCAGUGUGGCAAACAUUGAAAAGUCGGAAUUUGUAGAAAUAGCAUGGGGUUUAGCUAACAGUGAGCAGCCUUUCUUGUGGGUGGUGAGACCAGGUUCAGUGAUUGGCUCAGAAUGGCUGGAACCAUUACCAAAAGGGUUCAUGGAAGAGAUAAAAGAAAGAGGACACAUUGUGAAAUGGGCACCCCAACAAGAAGUGUUGGCUCACACUGCGGUCGGAGGGUUUUGGACUCACAGUGGAUGGAACUCAACAUUAGAGAGCAUUUGUGAAGGCGUUCCAAUGAUUUGUCACCCUUGUUUUGGGGACCAAAGGGUUAACGCUAGAUAUGUUAGCGAUGUUUGGAGGAUUGGGGUUCAUUUGGAGAAUAAAGUUGAUAGAUUCGAGAUUGCAAAGGUUGUCCGAAAGCUAUUGGUCGAAGCUGAAGGCCAUGAAAUCCGAGAUCGAAUUCUUCAGUUUAAGAAGAUGGCCAAUCAAUCUACACAGCAGCAAGGUUCUUCAUAUCGUUCUCUAGAAAGCUUGGUUAGCCUAAUAUUAUCUUCCCAGUCACAAAGGAAAUUGUAAAACGCAGUUUGUUCUAAUAUUAUAUACGUCUAGAUUUUAUGUUCCUA